AUGCAAAGAAAGACAGUCUUUCCCGCCCUUUUACUAGAUGUCGCCGCCAGCUUGACCUUUUUUGAUGUUGACACCGAUAGCGUGCACAGCCACUCGACUCUGCCAAGGUUGGUUGGAUCAUCAGUCUUCAGCCACUCGCUUGAAACAGACUGCUCUCUUCGAGACUAUAGCUUGAGAAGGAUUCUAGCCGAAGAAACCUAUAAGCAAAUUCCUGGCAUUGACCGUGAUAUUGAGCUGGAUUCGGGCAUUCAUCGUUCGCUCUUGCUGGAUGAGCCCCUCAAGCGCACCUUUCUUCCCAGAGACUUGGACAUGCUUCACCAAAACGCAAAUACCCCUAACAAACAAGACGAAAUGGACCACCAACCCCACCAAUCCUUCAAUGGGAAGAGUGACAACCACUCGAAAGACGCUAAACCUCAUCCUGAAAAAGAAGACACCUCACCAGGACACAGAAGAAGCCUUUCUGGGAGUAUCAUGUCAAAGUUAUCGUUUCUCAGAGCCAGCGCCGAUGACGACCAACUACUAGUUGAUAGGACUCGACAGAGUCCCGAGUUCCUGCCUGGUGACGAUAGGAUAUUGCCAAAGAAGACUGGCAGGGCCAUGGCUGUUGCCGUCCAGCAACACAAGACGAGAAGAAGAAAAGGCUCUUUGAGAAAAGCGGCAUUACUUGGCCGUGGGGCUCAAAGAGAAAAGAAAGAGCUCAAAGCAUCCCCACUGGAGACUGGCCUUGAUCUUAGCGAUGUUGGCGACGGCUCCUUGAGCCCAGAAUCCCCUAAAGAAGUGCCCCAUACAUCAGGCUUUGGCCUAGGCCUCAGUCUCCCUGAUGUAACACCUCGUCCUUCGAUGGAAGGUUAUGCCAAUCGAGCCAACAAUGUUUUACUACCGGCCAUCAAAACACUGCCCAUGGGUUCUGAAGACCACUUUCUGACCUCAUCAACGACAGCGACAAGUCCAACUCUUACUUAUACAUCUACGACCGACGAAGACGAAAUUUUCAGUAUGAGGAAUCGUGGCCCCCCAACAGCACGACCUGGCCCGCUCCCUUCUGCCGCAGACUCAUAUUUCCCCCCAACUUCUGGCUCUCUUACUCGCCGACGAUCUGCGCAGAAGGCCAAGUCUCCGUUGUCUCUCAGCGGGCUUCCCACCAGCCCUCUGCCGGUGCAGCACGAGGAAUGGGACUACUCGGAGACAGAGUGGUGGGGGUGGGUGGUGCUUAUCGUUACUUGGAUCGUGUUCGUCACUGGCAUGGGCUCUUGCCUCGGAGUCUGGAGCUGGGCAUGGGACGUCGGAGAGACACCUUAUGCUCCUCCUGAGCUGGAAGAUGAUCCUACCCUGCCAAUCGUCGGCUACUACCCUGCCUUGAUCAUCCUGACCUCGGUGAUGGCCUGGGUCUGGGUUGUCGUCGCCUGGGUGGGUAUGAAGUAUUUCAGGCACGCCAAGAUCAGUGGUGACUGA